GUUCUGCCAUGUCCAACCAGCAGCCAGCUCUCUCUCAGGAGGUCCUGGCCCAGUUCAACCAGACCACAGAAUCCUGGGGCUCACCCCGGAGACGCCAAGGGUCUAUUUCAACCCUCCGCAGCUCCCAGUCCCAGCCCAGGGACAGGAAGGGUCCUUGCCACCUUCCAAUGCCCCUCAGAGCUCACCCUGGGGGGGUUGGUGGUAGUGGAACCCCCAGGGGCUCCAACGUGAGCAACCCCAAUUCCCCCUUCUUCCGGCGGGAGUCUGGGGCCCUGAGCAAGAGGUUCUCCUUUGGCUGGCUGCAGGGAGGACGGUCCAGUUUCUCUGGGUUGACUCAUCAGUACCCAGCUGUGCAGGAGGAGGUGAAGCUGGAGAGCACCUACCGGACCGGGCCUGAUCAGGACAGCCGUUUCAAGGCAGCUCCCAUUCAGAACCUCCUCCAGGCUACACUGGAUAGCUACAUGGAAGGGGUCUGCUACAGCCCAACCGCUGGCAGCCAUCUUGGGCAGGUGUUGACAGAGAUGUUGAGGGAUAAGGUAAAGGAGGUCUGCCCGCCGCGCUACAAGAUCGUUUGUCAAGUGGUGAUCGGUCAGAACGGGAACCAUGGCGUCCGAGUGGUCAGUCGCUGCUUGUGGGACCCCUUGCUGGACGACUUUGCGGUUGCCACAUUCCAGAAUGCCUCCCUCUUCGUUCUGGCAAUAGUUCAUGGGGUUUAUCGUGAGUGAACAAGGUUUGGAUGGAGUGAAGAUGGGUACAAAUGAUUUGGUAACAGUGGUGGGUAGCAUCAACUCUACAUGCAUGAUAGAUCAUAGGGAAAUCCUGUGUGGCAUUUUGUGUCAUAGGUUCGGUGAAUGGUGGUAAAAGCUAGCUCCUGAUAAAGGAUCGUUUAGGCAAUUAGUUUAUGCAGCCAUACUUAACAUUUUAGUAAAAUGUUACCACUUCUAUGUUGUCUGGCAAGCCGAUAUGACUUUUGCAUUCAUUUGUCAGUUUAUGUAUUGCUAAAGAGGUUUUGUUGUACAUGCUUGGCCAAUGUCUGAAGGUGUGGAGUAUGACAGUUAUGAUUGACAGGAAUUUA